GACGUCACUGAAUGUUGUUGUUGGUGGAGAGUCUACAGAACGAAAGGGAGAGACUGCAAGAGAGAGGGAGAGAGAGAGACGUCACUAAAGGGGUGAGGGACAGAGCUGCAGACUGAAUUAGGGGUAAUAGCCAAUCUUUUGCUAGAAGACAGAUGACAGCCUGAUGUAUGUGACUUUGACACUCCCCCUAGAGAGACAGCAGAUGAGACGGGAGAGACAUCCAUGGACUGAAAGAGACAAGAGCAUCCAUCCACCGAGACAGUCAAGAGACAUAACUUACAGAAACCAGAGUCACUCUCUACAAAAAUACUCACCUAAUGAGAGAGACCAAGGGCACCCAAGCCACUGAAAGAGUCUACAGACAUCUGAGGCACCAGGCUCUUGUAGAACCACUGUAACCUGGUGCUCAGACCCUGCAAAUAGAGCACAGCAACACAAGCCUUGUGAUGCGCCUAGUGGACCCAUUCUGCUAACGCUGCCGUCUUUGUGUCACCCUAAAAAAAGUGCUGGGCAGUGGAAAUCCAGGGUGGGGGUCCUUGUCCCCUCUUCGUAUCUGUCCAACUUUUGGACAUUGCAAUGAACCUUCCAACCCAGUCAGAUGGUGUUAAGGGGCGAGAGCCAGCGUUGGAGCUCCUUAGCCGGGCACAGGGGCACGCAAUGCCCACUGCAGUGGAGGUCACCCCUCACCUCUCUGCGGCAGUGCCCUCUCCAAACAGCCUCCCCCCAAGUCCCGGGGAGCUGAGGCAAGAGCAACGGGCAGCUAGUGGUCCUGGAGUGCCGAUGGACCCUGUUAAUCGGGAGCAACAGCUGCAGCAGCAGCUUCUUCUCCUGAAACAGCAGCAGCAGCUCCAGAAGCAGCUUCUUUUUGCCGAAUUCCAGAAGCAACAUGAGAACCUGACAAGACAGCAUGAGGUCCAAAUCCAGAAACACCUCAAGCAGCAGCAAGAGAUCUUGGCAGCCAAGAGGCAGCAGGAACUGGAGCAACAAAGAAAACGAGAGAGGCAGAGACAGGAGGAGGCAGAGAAACAGAGGCUGGAGCAGCAACUCCUGAUACUGAGGAACAAAGAGAAGAGCAAAGAGAGUAAGGGAGAGUGGAGAGACAGAGGUGCCAUAGCCAGCACAGAGGUUAAACUUAAGCUACAGGAAUUCCUGCUCAGCAAAUCUAAGGAGAUGCCAGGGAGUGCCAACCAUUCCAUCCUACAGCAUCCCAAGUGUUGGGGCACCCACCAUACCUCACUGGACCAUAGCUCCCCCCCUCUGGCUGGGUCACCAGCUACACCCCCCUCUUACAAGCUGCCUCUCCUGGGAAGCUACGAUGGGCGAGAUGACUUUCCCCUCCGCAAGACAGCCUCUGAACCAAAUUUAAAGGUUCGCUCUCGGUUAAAGCAGAAAGUUGCAGAAAGACGUAGUAGUCCUCUUCUCCGCAGGAAGGAUGGAACAGUCAUCAGUGCAUUCAAGAAGAGAGCUAUUGAGAUUCAGGUUUCCUCUGUAUGUAAUAGUGCCCCAGGAUCUGGACCCAGCUCCCCAAACAGCUCAAAUAGUGCCAUCUGUGAAAAUGGACUGACUGGGAGUGUGCCGAAUAUUGUUAGUGAGCAGAGAAUUCUCACCUUGGAUGGAGCAGGAGGGCCAUUAGGGCUGUACACUUCUCCAUCAUUGCCCAACAUCUGCCUGCAGGGAAGCGCCAGCAACCUCACUGGCCAGUUCACCUCCCAGGAGGGGACAGAGCGCCAAAGCCUACGGCCAGGUGGUGCUUUCAUCAGCACUACAGCACUUCCCACCCUGGAUGGAGGGGAGCUAAGUCUGGGGGCUCCCUCCCUCCUACAGCAUGUACUUUUAUUGGAGCAAGCGAGACAGCAGAGUGCCCUCAUAACAGUCCCGCUGCAUGGUCAGUCCCCCCUGGUGGGGGGAGAGCGUGUGCCCAGUUCCCUACGCUUGGUCACAAAGGGCACCCGACAUCGUCCUCUGAGCCGCACACAGUCCUCCCCUCUCCCACAGAGCCCUCAGGCCCUCCAGCAACUGGUCCUUCAGCACCAGCACUAUCUUGACCAACAACAGCUCAGCAAGCAGACUGUGGAAGGAAUACGACAGCCACCUACUCACCCAGAAGAAACAGAAGAGGAGCUGACAGAACAGGAUGGGGGGGACCAGUGUCGUGCUAUUUUCACUCUGGAUGGGGGAACAGAGAGUGAAGGAACACAAGAAGAGGAAGAAGGAGGAGAAGAUGAAGGGGAUGAUAGUGAAGAUGGACGGACCAAUGGUUCAGAGCAUGCAUUUAAAAAGCUGUUCCCAGACACACUCCCUCUGUAUCAAGGUUCCCUUCCUCAUUCGGCUUUAAGUCGUACACAGUCGUCUCCUGCAGCUCCUCUCUCUUCGUGCAGUACAGAGCCGCGCCGCAGAGUCCUCAGCACCACAGGCUUAGUCUAUGACACUCUGAUGCUGAAACACCAGUGUACGUGUGGGGAUACCAAUAACCACCCAGAGCAUGCUGGGAGAAUACAGAGUAUCUGGUCCCGCCUGCAGGAGACUGGACUACUGAGCAAAUGCCAGCGCGUACGGGGCAGGAAGGCCACGCUGGACGAGAUUCAGACGGUACAUGCUGAGCACCACACCCUGUUGUACGGGACCAGCCCACAGAGCCGCCACAAACUGGAGAGCAAGAACCUACUGGGACCUCUCUCUCAGAAGUUGUACUCAGUGCUGCCCUGUGGUGGGAUUGGGGUAGAUAGCGACACCGUGUGGAAUGAACUCCACUCACCAGCAGCAGUGAGAACGGCUGUAGGCUCCCUCCUUGAGCUGGCAGUCCAAGUGGCAUCUGGAGAACUUAAAAAUGGAUUUGCAGUUAUCCGUCCUCCAGGACAUCAUGCAGAGGAGUCGGUUGCCAUGGGUUUCUGUUUUUUUAACUCUGUAGCUAUCACAGCCAAACUACUCCGUCAGAAGAUGAACGUGGGUCGCAUUCUGAUAGUGGACUGGGAUAUACACCAUGGUAAUGGAACCCAGCAAGCCUUUUACAGUGACCCCAAUGUUCUCUAUGUAUCUCUCCACCGUUACGAUGAUGGGAACUUUUUCCCUGGCAGUGGCUCUCCAGAGGAGGUGGGUGCUGGUUGCGGAGUGGGCUUUAAUGUGAACAUUGCAUGGACAGGAGGCGUGGAACCCCCCGUUGGGGAUGCCGAAUACCUGGCUGCUUUUAGAAUGGUGGUCAUGCCCAUAGCCCGGGAGUUCUCACCAGACUUUGUCCUUGUCUCAGCUGGGUUUGAUGCAGUGGAAGGGCACCAAAGCCCUCUUGGAGGCUACUCUGUGACAGCAAAAUGUUUUGGCCACCUCACCACGCAGUUAAUGUCUCUGGCUGAAGGAAGGGUCGUCAUGGCUUUAGAAGGAGGACAUGACUUAACUGCCAUCUGUGAUGCCUCUGAGGCUUGUGUAUCAGCUCUUCUGGGCAUGGAGCCCGCACUCUAUGAUAACGUUCUACAGCAGAGACCCAGUGACAAUGCAGUGACCACUCUAGAGAGAGUCAUCGCUAUACAGAGCAAACACUGGAGCUCAUUAAACAACAUUGCUCUAGGCCACUCUCUCUUGGAAGCACAGCGUGGCGAGGUGGAGGACGCAGAGACCGUUAGCGCAAUGGCAUCAUUGUCAGUAGAUACAGAGCAGAGCAAUACAGACUGUAUCUCCAGACCAUUGGAAGAGCCCAUGGAGGAUGAGCCAGUGCCCUGAUCUCCCCUCCCUUGGACUCCACACACCACAAUCCUUUUUUUAUUUUCCUUUCUUAGUUUUUGUUAUGGUGAUCGGUUUAUUUUUUCUAUUAAAACCAAGAAACAGAAAAAAAAAAAAAAAACAAGAAAAAAACCACAAGAAAAGUAAAUGAAAUCAAAUGUCCUGUGUCCCAGAGGGUUAGACUAGCACACCCACCAUCCCUAUUCCUGGGAACCCUCACUCUAGCUUACACCCCAAUUCUGCUGCUGAGCCUGGUCUCCCGUGAACACUAAAUGCUACUGCCAAUGUCUCAUUGAUCUGUGCCUCAUACACCACUAAUACACACAUGGGCUCCUCACACUACUGCCACAUGUCUUAUAUUGCACGCGUCCGUUACAGUACACAAACAGUGGAUAGCAGACAUUUUGUGAGCAGAAACAAUGUUAAUGGCAAUACAACCUAUCAUGUGAUCUUGCUGGGUUUUUUUGUGUGUGAAACUUAUCGGCUGUGACUAUUGGUUCAUCCCACAAAAUGGCUGCCUCCACUAGGUGUACAGAACAAGUGCACAUUACAUUUCUACAGUUAUCAAUUCGUACAUUCAUCAACCCAAGAGUCCUUGCUUUUUCACUUUCAUCAAUGAUUUAGUGCCAAGAAAAUUGCAGUAAAAUUAAUUAUAAUGAAAACAGUUAAAACUAUAGUACAAGGGAAGAGAUGGUCAGGUCAUUUCAGGACAAAAGUCUGUUUGCCACAGUUUUGUUUCUACUACAGCUAUUUAGCUGCCUCCGUGGUUGGCAGAAUAUUGCUGCUUAAACACAGGUUGCUUUGUCAUUAGGAUAAAGGUUAAUGUGAAUUAAGAUUAAUAAUAAUGUGAAAUGGCUAGUUCAGUGGUUAGAAAAGGAAAUGGAAGUACAUUAUGGUUAUGUGCAGGGUCAAACAAUAGCCAUAUUCUUCUCUUUAUAUAGUACCAAUAAUAACCAGAAUAUUAUAGUACAACUAAUUAUAAGGUUAUUUUAUUUGUAUGAAGCUUUCAGAAGGAAUUAGAGCUUCAGUCCUUCAGUCAUGCUCAUACAAUUAAGCACUGCAUAUACACAUGGACUAAAUAAGCCAUUUGGCCAAUCUUGAGAUUGAAACAAAGCAGCCAUUUUAUUGGUCUGCUCAUUAGUAUACUUCAUGUUUAUGUUUCAGCUAGGCUAGUGGACUGAGAAAAUUCCCAGUGUCUCCAGUUCUGUACAUGUCGUUCAUAUGCUGCAGUUUUGUUCCUCUAAACCAGAUUAUAUGACUUACUUCUUAAACCCCCCCCCCCCAAGAAGCUGGGAGGCAUAACACAGACACAUGUUGGGGCCAGCAGAGAAUUAGCACUUCCUAUUAUUUAUUCUUUUAUUGUACUAGGAUGAUAUUAUAAAUUAUAACAUAGGCUGCCUAAAAGUUUGCCACCAUAAUAAUAAUAAUAUAAAAUUUCAAUUAUAGGGAAUAAAAUAUCUAAAGCUUUAUUGAGGGGGGGAAAAAAAUAUGUACUUGGCUGAUCAUUAUUGGUUUAAAAUAGUUAAUGGAAGAUGUCACUCAUACAAUUUGCUUGAAGGUUUAGGUUCAGAUCCAAUAGAGGGACAUGACACUAAUUGGUAUAAACAGUGAUAUAAUAAAAAGUAUAGUCCAUAACCUGCACAGAAUGGAAGCAGCCAUGAUGUGGGCUGAACCAAUGAGCACAUAUUCGGGUUGAUUCUGAGUCGGAUGGAUCUCUUUGCUAGGAUGCAACUGGUGUUGGCAUACCGUGCAUGCGCAGAUGCAGAUUUACAUAUUCUGGCGUAUAUCCAGCAAAUUAUCCAAUCAUACAGAACUCAAGUGAUCUGUCUUUAUGUGAAACUUGACAUUUUAGGGUUGCAACUGGACGCAACAAUGCAAGCGCACGGAACUGCCCUGAGUGGAGGGAGUGCCAUCAUGAGUGUGUAUAAAAAGCUCCCUGGCAUUCUGAGUCAUGCGUACGGGGAAGGGCAAGUCUGUUUCCGUUGGAUCUCUUGCACCCAACAUGGGGCUGAUACUAAUAAUGACAGUUGUGGAGGCACAGGUUUAUUUAAUAUUUAAUAGGAGCUAGUGCUAUCACUGAGGCAACUCUGCAAUCACUAGUCUCUAUAGAAAUAAUAGGCUGCAUUUACCUAAAUAUUGCUUUAGCCCAUAAAAUGGCUCCAGUGUAUUUAACUAAAAAUAAUUCACUUGCCAUCUGGUAAAUGAGUAACAUGUUCCUACAUGGCAACAAAAUAAUGAUUCUGUCUUUGAUAAAUGUCCCAUUGUAAGUAUGUAUGUGUGUAUAUGUGCAUUUUAUUCAUACGUACCACUUAGUUGUCACAAAGAUGAACGUAACACUGUAUGUGCAUCCGUGUUAAUGUGAGCAUAUACACACAUCACAUACAUGUAGAAAUUGGAUAGGCUAUCCUACCAAGGACCAAAUUCAAUAUAUUACAUAUGUCUACUGAGUGAUUUCACAAUUUUGUAAGCUAAGUUUUGUAAUAUUUUAGAUUUUUAAUGUUCCCAUCUGUUUUAAAAGUAAUUUUGCCUUUCCCUAAUCAUAUAUUAUGUUAAUAAUGACAUUGACUGCUAUGCAAGUCGGUCCCUUUAUAACAGAAGUAUGUAGCCUUGGGAUGGAUAGAGAUGGUGGUGCAUUCUGGGAGCUGCAGUUCAGGAACACCUUUUGCCAGGCUCUGCGUUACACUCAUGUGUUGGAUAUAAUGCUUCUGUUAAAAAGGUUCAAACUAAACAGAAUCACACAAGUCAUGCACAGAAAGAAAAUCAAUUGACAAAUGGGUUUGUUUAAUAUGUUGAGAUCUGUUAAUCUAAAAAGACGUUUCCUAUGAUGGCAGUAUUUGCUAAACACUAAUUUAGAUGUAAAAUUAUGAAUAAUUUAGCUGUAGUAAGAGAGCACCUGUUAUGUGGGGAGGCAGCCAUUGUGUGGGUUGAACCAGUAUUCAUCAGUAUGUAGCCUGGGAUAAGUAUGAUAUCCCGGUUGUUUGGAUCCCGGCGGUCAGGAGGCCAAAUUCCGACCACUGGUAUUUCACCAGGUUUCGGGAUUCCGGCGUCGGGUCUCCUGCCAGCCGGGAUCCCGACAACCGGUAAAUUGACUGUUUUCCUGUAGCCUAUUACUUCACUAGGAAACAGUGACAUCACUGAGGCUCUCCAUGACGACUGGUUCCUAGCUUCUCAUGUGCUGUUAAUACGGUUUCAUAGUCAGGUAGGAGACUCAUUUAUCAACUUGUAUGUGCAUUCCUACAAUGUAUCUUACAUAUAUUGGGGUCUAUGUACUAAACCUUGGAGAGAGAUAAAGUGAGCAGAUGUAUUAUGCCUGGAGAAGUGGAAGUUGAUAGCGCACGAGCCAAUCAGCUUCUAACUGUCAUGUUAUAGGCUGGGUCUUCUCCAAACUUAACACAUCUGCCCCAAAGUACCAACCAACCAACUCCUGUCAUUUUUCAAACACAGCCUAUAACAUGGCAGUUAGAGCUGAUUGGCUGGUACUUUAUUUCUGUCCACUUUAUGUCUCUCCAUGGUUUAGUACAUAGACCCCAUUAUUUUGGAAGACAUCUGUGUUUCAGCUAUGCAUUUAUAGUAACAGGGAAUUGCUUUACCCCAUUAACAUGUGAUACAACACAGCUCUGUGCUCUUUUAAUUGGAUAAAACAGAAACAAAGAAGAAGUUAUGUGUUGUAUCAUAGGGACAAAUAAAAACUUCUCAUCCUGCAUCUAUAAAUCCAUUGCAUAAGGAAACAGUUUAUUCAGCAGACAAGGCAUGAAUGCACACGCAAGCCAAUAAAUCAAAGCCAACUGCAGAUUACAAGGUUAUUAAAAGUUACCGUAAAAAUGUCAGAUAUUACUUCCCACUAACUUAUUUCAUAUUUGACACAACAGACAUAUAAUGCAUAGAAAAAAUGUACAACAGGGCUUAGAUUGGUAUUCCUUUUUUAGACAGAACAGAAAAAAAACUGUCAUUCAUUUGGGAAAAAUAUAGUUUGAACAUGUGCUUCUCUUAUUCUGAUUACUGUUUGUAACUUCUAGCUACUAAGACACAGCAGGAGGAUAUUGUUCAGGUACUGGGCCUGGACUAUGGAAUAAUAAUGAGCUUCCCUAAACAUAAAACAGCACUUACAUAUGCAGGUAAUUCAGUAAUUCCAGGUACAGGAAACAUUUACAUUGUACACAUUUGUGACUGACCCUUAAUUUUAUUUUAUAUGACAUUUUAUAUAUUAUGCAGAAUAUGCAGAAAAUAAAACAAGAGACAUUUUGCCUACCUAUUGCCCCCAGUGGAACCAUUUAAUUAGGGACCCAGUAACAUCUCUGAGGAAUGAGGCACAAAAGUAGCUGCCCUCACCUUGAAGUAGAUGACUGGUACACAUUAAAGCAAGGUCAUUUUGACAAUUACUGCUAUGUAGUGUCAUUAUAAAAUUGGUAGUCCUGAGAAUUUCCAGAAACACACACUGCUAGCCUACAAAAUUACCGUGUAUAAAUAACAUUUCAGUGGUUUUUUUUCUGCAUAAAUACUAUUAUUUAUCACACAAAUAGCAAAACCAAUCAAAUCAGGACAUGUAUAGUUACUGUCUAAGUAGAACAUGCACUUUAUUCUAACAAUUUAUGGCUUAUGUUGUCAUCGCAAACCUGCACUUAAGAGUGCCCACAAUUGUAGUUCCAGAAGGCUCAGCCUGGUAUUCUCAGUUUUUUAGGUAAAACGCAAUCAAGGCGUUAAAAACUAUUUUAGCUUUAAGUCAGACAAAGGCUCCAUUAAGAGAUUCUCAACAUAUUAAAAAAAAGAGCAUUAGUCUCAAACAUUGUUUACAGUUUCUUUGUUAUUACAAAAGCCAGAACGUUUCAGGGGGAUAAAAUGGGAUCAGGUGUGGGUGGGUCCACCUUUUAAAAUGAUGUCUUAAGGCUUAAACCCCUCUCUCACCAUCACAUGCAGUGGACUUGUGCAACUGUCUCGUAAUUUGUUGUGUAAAUAAAUAUAUAUAUUUUUUUCUAAAUUAAUAAAAAAAACCUCACAUGUUGUUCGGCAGUAUUAUGUGCAGAGUUGGGAGCUCUGAGUGGACCCCCAUGAAAGGCUGGUCCACUGUAAACUCCUUUUUGUGUGUCUCUAUGUCUCCCUCACAUGCUGUGGGUAUGAAUUUUCAUCUGAGUAUUUUGUAAUAUGUCCUGUUUGUCCUUGUAUAAAUAAAAAUGUGCUCAGACUUGCA